AUGUGUAUAGCAUGUGGAGAUGUAAGUGGAAGACAAGUCACAUGUUAUGGAUGUCAACAAUCAUUUUGUUGGACACAUUUAAAAGAUCAUCAAAAUGAUAUAGAAAAACAAAUGGAUGCUCUCGCAGAAAAUUACGAACGGCUAAAAGGUGAUCGUCAAGAGGAUUGUUGUCAUCAUCAUCAGCAGCAACUUUUUCGUCAAAUUGAUCAAUGGGAAAAAGAUUCGAUCGUGAAAAUUCAACAGACAGCUGAUACAGCGAGAGCUGAUCUCAGAUCGUUUAUUAAACAAUCAGAAGAUCAUAUGAAAAUAUUGAUGGAAAACCUAGGAGAAGAAAUCAAGAAAAGUCGACAACUGAAUAAUUAUUCAGAAAUCGACAUCAAUCAAUGGAUAGAACAACUGGAAAAUAUUCAUUCACAAAUUCAAACAUCAUUUAAUAUUCAGAUAGAAGAUGAUGAACAAGCAUCAUCCAUCACAUUGAUCAAAAUUAAACAAAAUGCAAAGCAUUCAUUAGAUAACAACGAACAAAGAGUCAAAAGGUCGAGAAACGAAACAAACAAUGACUUUAGUGUUGCUACGACAAUAAAUCACCAUGUGAACAUCGAUCGAUUUGACAAAGUUCUUGGAAAAUCAAAGCUUUAUGAAGAAAAUCUUGUUGCGAUAAAUGAUAUUGAUUCACGUUCGUGUAUUUCCGGUGCGAAUUCUUAUUCAAAUGGUAGACAUUCCGUCACUUUUUCGGUUGAAAAUGUUUAUCAAACAGGAUGGAGUUGUUUCUUUGGUACAAUGACAUCUAAUGAGUCAAUGCAAGACGAUGUUUCUAAGAUGGUAUCAGUGUAUGGAGUUUGGUCAAGUGGAUAUCAGGUACAAUGUGGUAAAAGAUCUGGUUCUUGUGGAAAGAGAAGAUGGAAUAUAUGUGACGAUGUGACAUUGACAUUUGAUUGUGAUAAUAAACAACUUCGUAUUGAAAACAAACGAAUUAAUUGGUGUCAAGUAUUCAAUAUCGAUCUUCAUUCAUGUCCUUUUCCAUGGAAAUUCAUGACUAUCAUUAAAGGAUGUCAACUUCGUAUCAAAAAUCUUCUCCUUUGA